GACCCUACCAAUGCAUUAAAAUAGUUUGGUAAAAAAACUACAAAUUAAACCCUAAAUUAAAUACAUAUUUUAGUCAACACUUAACCAAAAACUUUGCCGCCCAUAGCCAUUAGAACCUGAUUUUGGCUUUAAAUCACUAUUUAAACACAUCCUCUCUUUCUACGAUUCUUAAUUGAGCUGAAUCCAAGGCUAGAACAUAUGAAGCGUUGUCCUGAUAAGAGUCUCUCCGAUAUACUUUGUUAUAAUUCUUCUUCUACCCUUCAGGCUUCAAGAUGGCGAUGGCGUUCGUCUAAGAAGAAACCUACCUUCAAAAUCGUGGCAUUUCUCUUCUUCUUCUUCUUCUUCAUCGGCAUCUCUGUUCGUCUCAAAUGGUUGACUAAAUCGGCAAUACAUGCGGACCGUCCACAGAACGCCACAUGCCCGCAGCACUUCCGUUGGAUUCACGAAGAUCUACGGCCAUGGAGAGAGACGGGGAUAACAAGAGAAAUGGUGGAGGGGGCCCGCAGGACGGCCCAUUUCCGGGUAGUAAUCAUGGACGGGCGAGUGUACGUGGAGAAAUAUAGAGGCUCAAUCCAGACCAGAGAUCUGUUCACAAUGUGGGGGCUUUUGCAGCUUGUGAGAUGGUACCCUCAGAAACUGCCAGAUCUUGAACUAAUGUUCGACUGUGAUGAUCGCCCAGUCGUCCAAUCUAAAGACUUUCUAGAUCCAAAGGCGGGCCCACCUCCGUUGUUCCGAUACUGCUCCGAUGACUCCAGCUUGGACAUUGUUUUUCCUGAUUGGUCCUUCUGGGGAUGGGGUGAAAUAAACAUAAAGCCAUGGAGAAAGGUAUUGGAGGACAUAAAGGAAGGGAACAAACGAACCAAAUGGAAGGAGAGGGUGCCCUUUGCUUAUUGGAAGGGGAACCCACAUGUUGAUCCCUCUAGGAGAGACCUUCUCAAAUGCAAUCUCACCCAACAUCAAAAUUGGGACACUCUUUUAUAUUCUCAGGAUUGGGAUAAAGAGUCGAAAGAAGGGUACAAACAAUCAAAUUUAGAAGAUCAAUGUACGCAUAGGUAUAAGAUUUACAUAGAAGGAUGGGCGUGGUCGGUGAGCGAGAAGUACAUAAUGUCGUGCGAUUCAAUGACGUUGUACGUAAAGCCAAGGUUCUUUGAUUUCUUCAUUAGGGGAAUGCUUCCUUUGCAGCACUUUUGGCCUAUUAAUGAUCGAUCCAAAUGUUCUUCUCUCAAAUUUGCUGUGGAAUGGGGUAACAAUCACACAAGUCAGGCACAAGCAAUAGGAGAGGACGGGAGCAAGUACUUGCAUGAGAAUCUUAAGAUGGAAUUAGUAUAUGAUUACAUGUUCCACUUACUCAACGAAUACAGCAAGCUUCUCAAAUUUCGGCCGUCGGUUCCUGCUGGUGCGGUAGAGCUGAGGCCUGAGAUGAUGAUCGGCGCCGCCAAAGGGUUGCACAAGAAAUUUAUGGAAAAUUCACUGGAGACAUCUCCCAACAAGGCAGAACUGUGCGGUUUGCCGCCUCAUGAUCCAACAGUUCUGAGGGAGUUUGAGAAUAAGAAAUUAAAUGCCCUAAAGCAAGUUGAAGCUUGGGAAAAGGAUUAUUGGGAAAAUGAGAGGAAGGGAAAUUAGAAUUAGAAUUAA